UUGACCUGUUCAGGAGGACUACGUGAAAACACAUAAACCAAGUCAAAACCACGUCACCAGCUCUUCAGUCCAGCAAAAGUCAUGCAAGCCCUUCUGCAGGCAUAUCUCGCCUACAUCAAAAUGUCCGCACAUGAACACAUGUACAUUUAUAGCAACAUAUCUAAUGUCUCUCUAUCUCUGCCCCUUUCAGUCUCAGUCCCUCCACCACCCCUCUCUUCCUCAUUUGGUCUGCAUAUAUACUUGCAGAGCCCCCUCUAUCAGUAAAACAUCAUGACAAUUAAACACACUAACCCCUCCUCCACUAAACUGACUGUCACUGUAAUACCAAACACUCUAUCUCUCCAUACAUUGUCUAAUUCUGAGGCUGAGAAAAGGGUUAUUUUCAGUGAGCAACUUUAGAUUGUGACUUCCUUUUGAAAUGAACUUACAGGGGUUGCCUGCUCUGACCUCUCUACUUUCUCUUCUCUGUAUGUUUGUUGAGUCAACCGCUACCAGAGACAGAGAGAUAAGGUGGACAGCCAGCCAGAGGAAACAGACAUAAAACGUCUAACAACGAUGCCUGCUGGUCCCUUCUCCUACUGCUUCAGUCAGGGAAUACUACUACUGUCUAUACUCCACUAUGUUGUGGGUGAGUCUCUGUUGAUCCACAAGACAGUGGGGGACUCUGUGGAGCUGCCUGGUCCUUCACCCACAGACGGUAAAGUCACAUCAGUGGUGUGGAAGUAUGGAGGAAAGGAUAUUGCAGAAUACAAUUCAGAUGUUAAAUAUUUCCCUGGAAACCCGUUGGAGGGGAGACUAGAAAUGAACUCCAAAAACUUGAGUUUAACAGUGAAAGAUCUCAAACUGCAAGACUCAGGGACCUUUUCUGUGACUGGUGAAUGGGCCAAAGGUCAGAUUCCCACUAAGACCAUCACUCUGAAGGUCCACGAGCCUGUCUCCAACGUGGUGAUUAUUAAUAAGGUCCAGCUAUUGGCCAACCACUCCUGUUCAGUUCAGAUGACAUGCAAUGCAUCUGGCAACUCCAAACUCAACUAUACCUGGAAGAGAGGGAAUGAGACAUUUAGGGGCAACCAGCAGAUGCAGUUCAUUCUCUCACCAGCAGAGGGAGUCAUCAAUUUAAUAUUCAACGCCUCCAACCAAGUCAGUGAGAAAUCUGCCUCUACAACAGUGAGCUGUGUUAAUGAAACAAUCCCAACAGGGAUGUUGUGGCACAUCAAGUACAUUGGAAUUCCAGUAGGUGGCGCUGUGGUAGUGAUACUCAUUGUAGCUGUGGUCAUUUACAACCGCAUGAGUAAUAAAACAGAUGAUCAAAUAGAGAAUACCAUCUAUACAGAUGUGGGUGACAUUGCAAGGGUCAAAGAUACCAGAUCAAACAGUGAUGUAAUCACAAUGUCUAUAUAUGAGACAGUCGAUGACUAUCCCAAGACUAAAUCCAGUGAGAAUGAGACAUGAAUGCUCUGCUGGUCCCAGAACAAAGAGUCAUAAAAAGGGCUGUAACAUUAAAAGAGCAAUUAAGUGAAUGGAACGACAGUAUAUGGCCUACUUUAUCAUUUGUCCACAUUUUAAAUAAAUGAAACAGUUUUUCUGGGUUUUCUGUCCUAUUAAGCCACAGACUGUGUAUGACUGGAUCACAUUUGGACGUCCAGAUGUUAAUUCUUCCCUCUAAGUAGUACCAGCGAGCUGAACAGAAAGUUAUCUGAGAUGUGGUCAUUGUGACUGAUCAUUCUGUAGAUAGGCCUGAAUUUUCCUGUAUGUGUUAGAAUCUUUAUUUCAAGUAUGUCAGUAUUCCAUUAACUGUUUAUAUGACGAUAACAAACUACUUCAAGGGGUUUAGUAGGGGUCUUUGUAUUAUAUUGCAGUUUAUCUGUCUGUCUA